UUCUGUUUUGCUUUUUCAUUGGCUUAUGCUGUUCUUUGGUUCGAUUUCUAUUAAAAAUUUUCAGGUUAAAAAAUCUCAGUUGAAUUUCAAAUAUACGUCGAUUAUGAACUCAAUUCUACCACCCGAGAUAAUAUCAAAAAUUUUCGAGCAUCUUAGUCGCAGCGAGCGCUUCACGGCAGCUGGCGUAUGUCGUCAAUGGUAUGACCUGGCUUUCGGGCCGAAGUUUUGUCGAGAAUUAUGUAUCCAGCUGAAUUCAAAGAAGCAAGGAUUAACAACGUUUCGAGAAAGCAUUCUAUGGAACCGCAGUCGGAAAGCGUCAAUACGAUGUGACGAACUUAACAAUGAUACAAAAAUGCUUUUGAAAGAAUUUUUAGAGAAUGCCCCGUUAGAAUGGUUUCAUAUCGAUGGUGAUAGCGGACUUGUGCAAGAUUUAUUAGUACAAAAAAUGCCCCAUUUAACCCAUUUUAGUGUAUACUUACAUCCCAAUGAGACGCAAAGUGGUGAUGUAAAUUUCCAGAUCGAAUUUGACUCGUUGAAGUGCCUAAAUCUUCGUGCUCCGCUUAGUAAUGCUUUAACGCUAGACGUAAACUGUCCAAACUUGAUUACCGUCAAUAUGGUAGUAUUAAAUGACGACUGCAUUUCGGUCAUAACCAAACUCCGGAAACAAUUGGAGGGUUUAGAAAUUUCAGUUACAUCUGCGGUUUCACUCAAUCAACUAGCAAUGAAACCGUUUGACAAACUGAUCACAUUAGCUUUAUGGGUUACACCGCAGGCAGAAGAACUUCAGCAGGUUCUAGAACAAACACCAUACCUGGAGGAUAUGUACUUAAAUGUAGGUUAUUCGGACACCAUCGUCGGAGGUUGUUUCAGCAGUUUAAAAAACUUGAAAACUCUAAGUCUGGUGGGUAUAAAAAUUGAUGCGAUAUUGUUCUUCGGUACCAUGCAUAAAAUGACGAAAUUAGAGAAACUGUCGCUUGAAAGGUGCAGCUUUGUCAGUGAACAAACUAGCCAAAAAAUGACAGUUGUAUCAGAAAGUAUAACAAGCUUUACAUUAAGCAACGAGAACGAAAAUUUUGUUCUGCCUAAUUUCCCGAAUCUUGAGGACCUGACAUUUUUGUACAGUUGCCAACCAGCAGUCGACGUUCUCGGUAUAAUUUGUCACCAGUACACAAAGCUAAAAAGGCUUAACUUUGGUGGUAACCCAGGAAUAAUCAGUAUGUUCCACCAGCGAACAUCGAUAGCCUACCUAAAUAAACUCAAACUUUUAAAUAACAUCCAAUUCAGUCGAUUAUCACUGCAGGACUAUGACUGGGUCUCAUGUGGGGAUCUUAAAAUUCAGAAACUGAGACUGGUUGGCUGUAUGAUUGAUGGAACCGGUGCACAGCAGAUUGUACAAACCUUCCCAGAACUUCGUGAGUUUUUUAUUGACAACAGCUAUCUUCGACAACCAUCGGAAGUUUUCGAAAUCGAUGAGAAUUGCACUCGAGGGUUGCGAUCAUUCGUUCCUAACUGUCGGGUUUCGUACUACGAUUGCCAUAUCGAAGCGCGUUACGAUAUGUGUGCCGGUCGAAGCCUGCCAGUAAUGGAAAUCUAUAGAAACGUGUACUAAAAUGUAGAUAUUAUUGUUAGGCAAAUGUAUCUAAUAUAGACUCUACGUCAUCAUGGCUGUGCCAUAAUUAUGAAUGCAUAAAUUUGUAUUAUAACGAAUACGAAUACGAUGUUAAUGAAACCAUAGCAGUUUGAAAUUGAAAUUAAAUUUUAGAAUAAAAGUUUGCACCUAGAAUCCAAAUUUAGAAUAUUAAAAUUUUAACAUAAAAUUUCACGAAAUAUGUUAAGGAUAAUUUCAGAUAUAUUAGCUAUAAACAAUAGUGUAGCUACGUAUUUUAUUUGUUUUUUUUUAUGUUCAUAUAUUUUGCUAUUUAUCUUUCGUUGAAGAUCAUGCAUUUGGGAACACAAAAAAGAUUGUCCAACUUGGCUUUAAAAACUAGCAUAAAAAUGGUUCUUGAUUGUUAUAUAGAAAAUAGUUAGGGUGCCUAAUUGGACAUAAAAUCAAUAUGAAAUCCACGACGAGGCGGAAUUAGACAAAUACAUAUGGUAACCAUUACACCAAACGAAUGCAAUCACGAGAAAAAUGCACUGUCACAAAAGCAAUUGUUUCAAAGUUAAGGGAGUAAUCUGGACAGAAUCAUGCCAUGAAACUAUGCAUUGCGAAAAUAACUGCCUUAGCUUCAACUCGCAGGUUCCGUCAACAGCAGCGUCAGCAGCGCUUGUGUCAUCUAUAAUAUGACAACUAUCAACAUGCAGGCGCUUCAAGGCAGGAAAUACGCGCCUUAUUUCGAUAAACGCUGAAUAUCGCAGCAUAAAACAACUAUACAUAGUUAAUUUCUCAACAGAUAACAUUGGCUUACAAGAUUCGCAUUGAAGAGCGGUCACCUCAGUAGAUCGUAAUGUUAACGAUUUCAGGUACGACAAUUGAUGCAGUUUUGUUAAUGCGUCCUCAUCAAGCUAUAAAAAAAACUAAAGUUUAAUCAUAGGUGGCAAACACAAAACUUGAAAUAUUACCGAGUUUCUGUAAUGGAUUAGUAGCUCCUCAAUUGAUCCAAAAUUUAUAAACACCUUUUGGAUUGAAUCACUUCCGAACUUAAAACCAUGAAACAGUUCCAGAGACUUUAAUCCACAAAAAUUAUGCUCCAAAAGUAUAUUGUUCACCACAUUUAUCAAGCGUAAAUGUUUAAGCCCUGCAACACGAAUGUGCAAGCCGGGUAAAUCGUUUGUAAUUUCGCAAUGGUGUAUUGAGAGACGCUGUAAAAAAAAGGUUUAUAAAACAAUAUGACAGGCAAUGUCUACUACAGCUUACCAAUAAUGGUUGAACCAAAAGCACAUUUAAUAGUAUAUUUGCGUCCAACUCUAUAUUAUGGAGCGAUAAGUCUUGUAACUUCGUCUUUACAGAACACAGAGUGGGAAAUAUUUUAUGGAACACUACAUUACUCCGUACGGAAAGCUCAGCUAAAGAAGGUAUUCUUUGGACGAAUUUCUUUGCACGUUGGUCAUUUUCAUUGAGAUUAGCUGUUCGAGAAUAAUUUAA